UGAGCUGGAAUCGUGAGGAAAUUAAUUAAUGACCCCAAUAGCAAUUCACAUAUAUGAUUAUAUAUGGCAUUGAAUUUGGAAAGGUGGGGGAGGAAUAAUCCAGGGUGUUUUCCAUGGGAUAGGCGUGAUGAAAGGUGGUGGUUUAAGGGAGGGGCUUAGGUGGUGACAUUACAAGACUCAUGUGGUUGCAUGUGCAUAAGUUGGAGAACAUGCCCAAAGCAACAAGCUAGUAAACACCACCAGUAGCUACACUUGGUACCAUCCCGUUCAAUUAUCCCCCUAUUCCCUUGGAGUCCUUCUUUGAAAUUGCCCCUUGUGGUCCUCACCCCUUCAUUCUCUCAUUAGUUAAUUUGCACUAAUUAAAAUGUAUUAUCCUUAAGGGCCGCCAACCAAGUUACCAGUUAUAUCCUAUAAAACCCCCACCCAUUCUGCCAGUUCUGUCAUAGUAGUCGUUUCAGUUUUUACAACCAACUUGACGCUUGGAAGGCUUAAACUUCGGGUUAAGUCAUCGCGGGAUUCAUGGGUUCUCAACAGCCUCUCCUUGUUUCCCUUGGUUUAAAGGGCACGGUCCUAGAAACCGAGGGAAAGUCCUACACAAAUGGGGCAUUGUGGAACAUCACACGGGAAAGUGGUGGAGUGGUUGUGAGGAACAAGAGAUCGCCAAGAAGAAGGAUCCUGAAGAAGAAGAAGAAGACAUGGACACGCCUACAAAGUGCAAGAAGGCUCAGCAAUAAUAUUGGGAUCAAAAGAAGGGUGAAAACUUUGAAGGGACUGAUUCCAAACAGUGAAGAUUCGACGGGGUUGGAUGGACUUUUCAGAGACACGGCUGAUUACAUUUUGUCCUUGCAAACUAGAGUCAGGCUCAUGCAGAUUAUGGUUCAAGCAUUCGCAGCAGGUUCUGAUCAUCAGUGAUUGCUCAAAAUUCAUUGUGUAAAUUAGAGAAUAGUAUUCUUUAUUUUUUACUUA